AAUUAUAUAAAAAAAUGUAAUGGAAAAUUAAAUUUAGCUUAAUAGAUUAAAUUCAAAUAUGCAAUUACUGUUUAUGAAUUUAAUUUAUAUUUUCUUUGAAAUAUUCUUUUUUUUGUGUUAUAAGAAAGGAUAUUUUAGUACAAAAGCUUCCAAAUGCGUAAUAUUCUAUAUACAUUUGAACCUAAAAUCGAUCCAUCAUGACCGUAGUAACGUGUAACAAAGGAAGGAAUAUUGAAUUGUAUUUCAUGUGCCUCAAGUUGUUCCGAGGUUUUUUUUUUUAAACAUUAAUUACUGUACAAUUGUCGUUUAUUUACUUGAUAUUUUUUACAAAUUUCAAAAUGUCACGAAUUUCUAGUAGAACUGGUCUAUUUGCUAGUUGCAUGGAGAGCGCUUGUAAUUCUACUUCAAAAGUAUGUAUUUAAAUUCUAAUAAUGACAUUUUAAUAUCACUUUCAUAUUGUAAAUAAUGGUAUUUAGGAAUUAUUAAAAAAUAACAGGUCAUACUGUAAAUUUCCACAUAGGUGACCAUGUAGGAAUCAAUGUAUCUUCUCAUGUAGGAUAUAGAAUCCAUUAAAAAAAUUAUAUAGAAUUCUUGGACAGGAAUUAAUGAAAGAGCUUAUCUUUGGAUUCUACAUUAGAAUUUAUGUAGGAAUUUACAUGGAAUACAAUGAAGAAAACUUUAUUAAAUCUUAUGUAAAUUCUAACCUACAUUUCUAUGUGGAUUCCAGUGAUAAUUCCUACGUGAAUUCCUUUAUUAAUUCAUAUCCGAAAAUCUUCUUCGAUUAGCGAUUUUAUCCUUUAUCCUAGGAUGAAUCUGAUAUUUAUCCUAGGAUAAAGGAUAAGGUUAGUUUCCUUCUUCCAAUGAAUAUACGGGAAAAAUAUGUGACGCUUCACGAGAGAAGGGAAUCCCCGAAAUAACAUUAGGCUUAGUUUUCAUGUACAGUGCACGGAAAACUGAACCUAAUGUUACUUCGGGGGAUUCCCUUCUCUCGUGAAGCGUCACAUAUCUUGUGCAAAGGUUGCAAUUUUGGAACUCACCUUGAUUGUAUUUGGAAGUAGUUAAAUUAGCGUUGUUCAUCAUUUUAAUUUUCGUGAGAUUUGCUUCAACGGAAUCUGAAAAGUUUAUGAAAUAAAAAAGGAUGAUGGAAAAGGAGAUUCUGAUCAUCUGAGCAGAAAGGUAACUCAUUACCUAGAGUCGUAGAUUCAUAUUCAAGAAAAUAAGAGAGUUGGAACAUCUUCAUUAUCUUCUAUAAUCAGCUGUCCGGAAACAAUGCUGAUUAUAUAAUGGAAAAGGGAAAUGGAAAUAAGGGAAAUUACCAAAAUUUAUUAAUUUAAUAUAAAUUUUGUUUAAAACUUAUAGAACUCAGGUAAUCCAAAUGAUUGGUAAUCAAUAGAAUCACUCACAAACAACGUGUUAAUAUUGAUGAUCAAAGAAACAACUCAAUAACUCGUGGGAUCAGCAAAGUAGAAAAUAUCGACUAUUGGUAUCGGACAGGAUCAUGAGCGAGUGGUAUGAAACUUACCACUGCACUGAGAUGUAGCUGAAGAUCACGAGAGACUUUAGUAGGCAUAAAUACUACAGACCUGAGUCGUUCUUCCUGAUCUAGCUAUACACUGAAAAACUGUUGAGGAAGAUGUUUACUCUCUAAAUUUUAAUUAGUGAAAAUUCGCGGAUUACUAACGAAUAGUCGUUACUUUAAUCAGCCCAGAGUAUGCAGCUACGAAUAAGCGAAUAGUCGCUAAUUCUUUAGAGAGUAGCUAAAACAACUAGAUAAGUUCUUUCUAAUCUCAUAAAUACACGUGUUCUAUUAAUUCCUGUUACCUGAAUCAUUGAAUGUGUUAUGUGAUUAUUUGGUUGGAUCUCACUUUGGUCAGCGUUGGAUUCGAAAAACAAAAUAUUAUUUUGUGUAUCGAUUGGAUUAUGUUUUAAUAAAUGAUUAUAUUCAAGGAUUUGUUAUAAUGCAUAUAAUAUUUUUUCGACUAAAAUACUUGUUAUAUAUAUUACUACUAUAUAAAUAUUUUAAUGAUUUUAACGAUAGUAAUGAAGGAAGAAUUUUUUUUCAGGUUAUAGAGUUGACUGGAUAUACAAAACCAGCGUCUUUUAUAAUACGUCCUUUGGACAGUCUUCUUAAUCCAUACCCUCAACGUUGUUCAAUUCUUUGUAAUCAUCCAACGAGCUAUAGAAAUAAAAAAAUUAUAACAAAAGCCAAGGAAUCAUGGGUGAUUGAGGGUAAAAUGAUGUUACCUUGUUCAGAAAUUAAUAAAAUUUACGACAGUGAAGUGACAGGAUGCAAAUUGAAGAAUCAAGAAGGAAGUUUUUAUAAUGAUAACAAGCGGAACAUUCGAACAUUUAAAUCUAGAGAAAAUGAUAAAAACAGCAAAACAGAUUUGCAGUUCGAACUUACAACACCUAGAUCAGUGAAUUUGGUAGAUAGAGAUCUUGAAAAGUCUUCCCAACUGUACGGCCGUACAGUUCUAGUAUUGGACUUAAGAACUGACUUACAAAAUGAAGAAUCUAACACUCUGAAUUGGCAAACAGUUCCAUUAGAAUCACAAUCGGGAUCAAAGAAAAGUGACAUUCAAGUUGAGAAUCAAAUUUUAUCACGUCUUUCCUCAGAAACAGCUUUGUCUCAAAGAAGUUCAUCACAGGCAUCAAAUAUUGAGAUAAACAAUUUGAGUUCAAUUCCUAAGGCUGAUGGAGUAGAAAAUGAAAUGACAAAAUUUCCCGUACAGCGCAAGGGUAAAACAAUUAGAAAAGGAAAAUGUAGACGUAGUUCUGCUCAUGGACAUCUCACUGAAGUUCGCGAACCACCUGAACCAAAUGAAACACAAGUAUCACAAAUUGAUGAUACUUUUUUAAAAGAUACAAUACAACCAUCCGAUGACAAUGUAAGAGUAGUACCUGAUCGUUUACCAAAAUCAUCUUUUCAAUCUGCUGUGGCCUCUAGUUUUAUAUCCCUAAAAGUAUUGAAAUAUUUAAGCCGAGCGCUUGAUAGAGAAACUAUUGAAGAAGAAUUUUCAAUCAAGAAACAAAUAGUUCUACAAGAAGCGUUACGAGUAACAAGCAAUUUAUUUAUAAGUGUUCGAGGAGCUUGUCAGAAUUUUGUACAACCUCAAAGAAAAGAAGUAUUCAAAUUAUAUUCUCGUCAAAGUGCAAGAUUUGAGAUAUUGGACAAACAAUCUUUAAUCGGUAUGACACCAUUGGAUUACCUUGGAAAACAUGUAUUUGUUAGUGAAGGAAGAAAAUUAAUAUUUAGUCGUGUACUAAGUAAAUAUUGCAAUAAAUCAUUAAAUGAAGAUCGCUAUAUUCUUCCAAACGAUAUUUUCUCCGCUUUAGAAGAAAUAAUAGGAAAAUCUUUAAGCGAUAAUCAAGAAAAACAUUUAGAAAAUGUUGUUGGAAAAAUUUCAGUUCCAUUGGAUUUUAGAAAAUGGUGUGGAGUUUGUGCAAUAGUUGAACGAUUACUUUGUAAUCUUCCAACUAAAGAAUUAGAUCCACCAAUGUGGAUUGAGAAAGCUGACUUCGAAUGUCUUGAUCAAUUAUUUGAUGAUAACAGUAUUAAUUCAAGCCUUUUGAAUUUAUUAAAUCUUAUUCGAGAUCGAUAAACAAAUUUCGUUUUAUUUCUUAUUGAAUAAAAAAAAUCAUGUGUAUACGUCCCUGGAUGUAUAAUGGCGGUGUUUGACGUCACGUGAUAAUUUUCUCGCCGGUAGAAAUCGACAAGUUUACUCUCAUUCCGAGCUUUCAAGUAUAAGGGCAGAGAAACAUAAGUAUUUUCCUAAUAUUAAGACCAGAAUGAAGAGCAGUUGGAUACGACCUAGUCGCUUUACAACGCAAUUCAUCACUGGACAUGGCAACUUUAAGACUUUCAAAAACAGAUUCAAAAUUAUAACACAAAAACAACAUAAUUAUAGUUCUGGUGAGCUAGACUCACCAGAGCACGUAUUAAAUGCAGAACAAAGCUUAAAAACAGAAAAUGCUCUAGAAGCCUUAGAGGAAGAUGUAUAAUAUAUAUUUAUUUAUAUCUAUAACUAAUAUCGCAGGGAACUUAUUAUUUGGGUUCGCCCAACAUCGCCCCCCUCAAUUUUGACUUGUAAAGAAAUAGUCUCAAUUUUUAUUAAUUAUUAUCGUAAUAUUUUAUUAUACUGCCCACCUGCAGUCGAUUGACGUCCGCGGAAUUAUUUAAAUAAAAUUAUUAAUCUAAACCUCUGGCAGUUUUGAACCCGGCUGCUCCGUUAUCGACUUAUGGAAAAUGUCAAGGAAAACAGAAAAUAAUGUUUUAACUUUUACUCUGACAAUUUCGAUAAUUUAGGAUUGAAAAAUGUAGUAGCAUCCCUUUGAUAAAAUUUUAAUUGUAGUUUAGUCAAAAUUAUCCAACAUUCUUAAUAUUAAAAAUAAACAAAAUUAAAUUCUUAUUUCCACUACAAUCUAUAUUAAAUAUAUUUAAAACAACUUUUUAAAAUGCAUAAUUUACAAUUAACCUCAAUUUUUUUUACUAUUAAACUCACGCAUACAUACGUACUCACAUACAUACAUACACAAACGCUAAAUUCUUACUAUAUAUAAUUAAUUGCACUCGGUGUUAAUAACUGCUUUUUUUACUACUACUAAAUAACUUAUUUUUUUUUUUCAAAUAAAAACUGAUAAACUUUGUAAGCACUGAGAUCUUUAACAACGCCAUAAAA